GCUCUGUCACAACAGUCGAGGUUUGCUGUUAAAUUCGGUCUCACGUUGUGCAUGGAAAUCUUCAAAAUUUCAUUUUAAUUUUAUUCAAGAUGCCAGUCUAGAAUAAACAGGGAUAUUUCUAUUUACGCAGUCACUUUCCAGCGUGGGAUGUUACGGCCUAUUUGGAAGUCAGCAGUGUUGAAAUAUAAAGAUUCCCUUGCACUGUACGGUCGUACUUAAGCACACGUGAGACGUAUCAUAAUCUACGACUGUUGUGGGCCUGUUGUGUUUUCACUUCACCGUCACUGCCUUGUGAUUUCGGGAGAAAACUUUUAUUAACACAAAAUGAAAGUGGGCAUAGUGAAACGCGCAGUGGUGUUGUGCCUUGUCGUCGAUUUGAUGCUGGCAGAUGAUUCUGUUCAUCUGAAAUGGCCCCAGACUACAAAACAGUUGAUGAAAUUUGCAGCAAACUCGACUCUACAACAAGCAUUCCAGGAUCAUGUUAAAAAAUAUGGCACUGGCAAACUGAGCCUCUACCAUCAGUUUCCUUGUGCACCCUUAGCUAAUCAGGCACCCGCCACCUCAGUCCACAGGCUAAGCCCAGUUAAUGUAGGUGUGGUUGCAGCCCUCGGAGACUCGCUAACAGCUGGUACUGGGGUGAAGGCUCUGACCAUCAUUGGUCUGCUGAGGGAAUGGAGAGGACUGUCAUGGAGUGGUGGUGGAGAUUUGACUGCUGAGGAAGCUCCAACUCUGCCCAACUUUAUCAAGAAGUACAACCCCAAUGUGAAAGGCUUUUCUGUGAAGACUGGCUCCUAUGAAAGCAGGAAUGCUCAUCUGAAUGUGGCUGAUCCUGGAGCAGUAGCUAGUGACAUGCCAGGCCAAGCUAAGUUGCUGGUGGAGUGCCUGAAGACAGAGCCGGGGGUGGACUUUGAGAAUGACUGGAAGGUGAUCACUCUCUUUAUCGGGGGGAACGACCUGUGUGAUUAUUGUGAGGACCAGGAAAAGUUCAGUGCCACGAAUUACCUGAGAGAUGUCCAGGCAGCCUUGGACACGCUGCACGACUCUGUUCCACGGGCAUUUGUGAAUCUGGUGCAGGUUUUAACUGUACCCAUGGUGGAGGAGCUCAACAAAGGUCUCAUCUGUUAUGCUCUUCAUUUAUAUGCCUGUAAAUGUGGAGCUUUUCCCAAAGAUGAUGCAGCCCGACAGGAAAUGAUUGCUGCAGGAGUAGCAUAUCGUAAAGCCGUUGAAGAUCUAGUACUGAGUGGUCGCUAUGACGACCGUGAGGACUUCACCGUGGUACUGCAGCCAUUCCUCACAGAAACCAGGCCCCCCAGGGAUCCCAACAAUGAACCUGACCUGAGUUACUUUGCUCCAGAUUGUUUCCACUUCAGUGAGAAAGGUCAAGCAGCUGCAGCAGAGGGGCUGUGGAAUAACAUGAUAGAGCCAGAAGGUCAGAAGAGAACAAGCUGGACCCCUGGAGAGCAGAUUAUUUGCCCCACCGAUGCCACACCAUUCUUCUUCACUCGUCAGAACACUGAUGAGUUGAAUUCCAAGAUGGGCUUCCAGGGCUCAAAGGGGGCAUUCUUUGCCCAGGACAAAGAGGAUUCUCAGGCCUUAAACGGGGCACUUUCUGCCCAGAACAAGCAGGAUUCCCCACCCAAGGGACAGGGUGCUAACAUCAGCCCCUCAGUGGUCGUGCUGGGAUGUCUCAUUGCCAUCGCCUCUGUGGCCCUUGCCCUAGGAAUCUCUCUCAAGGUGCGCAAAAGUCGCCAGCAGAGAAAUCCUGAGAAUGUUGGAAUACUGCUACACAGUAUGGGCAGUGCUGUGUACACAUAGCCUGAGUGUCAGCAGUGAACUAUUAAAGGCUGCUCAAAUAGCCAGGGACAAACAGUAACUCAGGCUCUGUUAACACUAGAGAGAAAUGAUAUCCAUCAGGAUUUUUUCUGAAAGGUACACAUACCUGAAUAUAACAUUGUUGUUUAUCUUUAUGCUGAGAAAACAGAGAUACUCAAUUUGGCCUUCAGGGAUUCUAUUGGAUUCCAACUUUUAGAUACAUAUACAUUGCUUAAUUUACAUUGAUAAUCAAUAUAAACUUUUAUUGCCUUACAUAUAAAUGAAUACAGUGAAGACUUCUUGUAAGUCUACAUGUUUAAAUAAUGUUGGGGACUAAAACAAACUAGAUGUAUUUCAUCAACUUAAAUGUGAUUUAAUGUCUUAUUUGGCUGGUUUUGUGUCACCUUUCAUGUCAAUUCAGCCAUUUUUGAGAAAGUUUUACAUUAGUAAAUUAAAAGUGUUAAUGUACUCAGAAACCUGUGAAAGCCUUAGCUUGUGAAAUACUCUGCAGGCUUGCUGCAUAUUCUUGGCAGCUAAGCGUUCUGUAACACUAUCAGUGUGUGUGACUGAUGGCUAGCUUUACAUUUGCACUUAGCUUGUGUAAUAAACUGUGGAUAUGACUAAACUGUAAUAUAACUCAUCUGUGCCAUUCCACUUACCUAACACAAGAUCUUUGUCUGUGAUAAAGCAUCAAGAUAUUAAUAGAUCUUUUCUUUUGCAAGAACUAGCAAAUGAUUUUGAAUUCUGUAAUGUGAUUUUUGAUUUUGGAGAAAACAUGUGUUGCGUAUUUGGAAUGUAUGUCAUUUUUCCAGGGAAAAACUUCUUGUAAAAAAUAAACUUUUGUGAGGUAUAUUUAAAAUAGCAAUAUUUUGCAUCACUUUUUUUAAAGAAAUUAAAGUGUUUUUGUACAAGUUAAUCCAGGGAAAUUUUUAUGACUUGUGCUUUAAAGUAUAUUUAAAUUUUUUAUAGCCUAUGAAAUGUCUUGUAUGUUUUCCAGAUAUAAUAUAUAUAUAUAUGUAUGUAUAUCUGUGGAUGAUUGCCGGUGCUUAUAUAUGUAUAUGUCAAGCUUUUUUCCACUAUUAAAGUAUGUACUCAGAAAUAUCUGUUACGUGAACAAUUUUCUGAUCUUGCUGAUUGCUGUUUUGCCCUAAAUGAGCCAGAUUUUGAUAAUUCAUUAUUUGAACCUGUUAAUAGCACAGGCUCUUAUGUCUUAAAACAUGUGGCUCUGUUACUUCUAUUUACAUUAUUAUGUGAUUGUUAAUGGUAUGUUUACUGAAGAUUCUGGUUAUGUAACCAUAGAUACUUAUGUACUACAUAUAUAUGUAUGUGUAAAGAAAAUAUGCUCACUCAGUCGUAUGUAAAUUAUCUAUAUA